AUGACUUAUGAACUAAGCCGACGAGCACUUAAAGAGUUGGGUCGAGAUACUCGAUUUAAAGAUAAUAUUAGAUAUUAUAACUUUCGCCGGAACUUUACUAGCCAGGAGCGGCAAAGAGUGCUUAGUCGGGUAACGCUGUAUUUAAAAAGUACUAUCAGUUAUAGUUUAUUAGACGCGAUCUCUAAUAUAUUGUUCUUCUUUGACCGCCUUAGGAUGGUUUAUUACGCGUCGCUAGCAGUAUACUUAGGAAGAGAGAUUUAUAAGCCCUAUCUAAGCUUACCGAUACGCCUAAGUGGGCUAUUUAUUAAUAUCCGGGAAUAUUGGAGCUGA